AUGCAGCCCGCCAUGAUGAUGUUCUCCAGCAAGUACUGGGCGCGGAGGGGCUUCUCGCUGGACUCGGCCCUGCCGGAGGAGCGCCCCGGCGGCCUCACCAUAAACAGAUCAAGCUCUGGGAAAAAUGAGGAGAAAAAAGGCAGCAAGGGAAAUGGGAAAGGCGAGUCGGUUUCUGAAGGUGGAAAGACAGCUGUGGUGUUUUCCUUGAAGAAUGAAGUUGGUGGAUUGGUGAAAGCUCUCCGGCUUUUUCAGGAGAAACAUGUGAGUAUGGUUCAUAUUGAAUCACGAAAAUCAAAGAGAAGGAACUCAGAGGUAGAAAUUUUUGUGGAUUGUGACUGCAGUAAGAAGGAAUUUAAUGAGCUAAUCCAGUUGCUCAAGUUUCAAACUAACAUUGUGUCUCUGAAUCCACCAGAAAACAUCUGGACUGAUGAGGAAGAUCUUGAUUGUGUCCCUUGGUUUCCUCGGAAGAUAUCUGAAUUAGACAAAUGUUCACAAAGAGUAUUGAUGUAUGGAUCUGAGCUGGAUGCAGAUCACCCUGGAUUUAAAGACAAUGUCUAUCGACAGAGAAGAAAAUACUUUGUGGAUGUUGCCAUGAGCUAUAAAUAUGGUCAACCCAUUCCCAGAGUGGAGUACACAGCUGAAGAAAUUAAAACAUGGGGGGUGGUGUUCAGGGAACUCAGCAAACUCUAUCCCACCCAUGCUUGUCGUGAAUAUUUAAAGAACUUUCCUCUGCUGACUAAGUACUGUGGAUAUAGAGAGGAUAAUGUGCCUCAGCUGGAAGAUGUCUCUAUUUUUCUUAAAGAAAGGUCUGGCUUCACAGUGAGACCGGUUGCUGGAUAUCUCUCUCCUCGAGACUUUUUAGCUGGCUUAGCAUACAGAGUUUUUCACUGUACUCAGUAUGUACGACAUGGCUCGGAUCCUCUCUACACCCCAGAACCGGAUACAUGCCAUGAACUUCUGGGACAUGUGCCUCUACUUGCUGAUCCUAAGUUUGCCCAGUUUUCACAAGAGAUAGGACUCGCUUCAUUGGGAGCAUCUGAUGAAGAUGUUCAGAAAUUAGCCACCUGCUAUUUUUUUACGAUUGAAUUUGGUCUUUGCAAGCAAGAAGGACAGCUGCGUGCUUAUGGGGCAGGACUUCUGUCUUCUAUUGGAGAACUAAAGCACGCUCUUUCUGACAAGGCCAAGGUGAAAACAUUCGAUCCGAAGACAACCUGUUUGCAAGAAUGCCUGAUCACCACUUUUCAGGAAGCUUACUUUGUUUCAGAAAGUUUUGAAGAAGCCAAAGAAAAGAUGAGGGACUUUGCUAAAUCGAUCAAUCGUCCCUUCUCUGUGUAUUUCAAUCCAUAUACACAAAGCAUUGAGAUUCUGAAGGAUACCAGGAGUAUAGAAAAUGUCGUCCAGGACCUCCGCAGUGAUCUAAACACUGUAUGUGAUGCAUUAAGCAAAAUGAACAGAUAUUUAGGGAUUUGA